AUGGAUACAACCCCAUCCUCCGCCCUCUCCUCCUCUUAUUUACUACUCAUCUCACUACUCUGCUGCCUUCCCCUCUUGCUGCACGGUGGCGAUGAUGAUUCGCCGCUCGAUCAAACCUGCGGCGACACCGGCAACUACACCGCCAACAGCACCUACGAGUCCAACCUCAGCCAGCUCCUGCACACUCUCUCCUCAGUAGCCUCAGUCUCCGACGGCUUCUCCAAUGCCAGCACAGGGGAGUCCCUCGACCAGGUAUUUGGUCUCGCCCUCUGCCGUGGCGACAACAACGCCACCGACUGCCGCACCUGCCUCGACGGAGCUUCCAAUGACACCCAGCAGCUCUGCCCGUACCACAAAGAGGCCGUCAUCUGGUACGACGACUGCCUCCUCAAGUAUUCCAACCAAAACUUUACCUCCGCCUUCGACAACUCCGAGCAGGCCGUCUUGUACAAUAUCAACAACAUAACGGGCGAGAGGUUUCCCGGGUACACCCAGAACACCACCAUUAAGAAUUUCUUCAACCAAGUGGUGAACACUCUACUGAGUGAUGUAGCCGAUUCGGCUGCGUCGAAUUCAAACUCUGGAAAGCUGUUCGCCACCGGUGAAUUGACCAUCACGAACGGCUUUCCGACAAUAUACGGGUUAGCUCAGUGCGCUCCGGACAUGCCGGGCACCGAGUGUCGUCAGUGCCUGCAGGCUGAAAUCAACGAGACGCUGAACUACUUCGACGGGCGGAUCGGGGGACGAGUUCUCGGCAUCUGGUGCAAUUUGAGAUACGAAGUGUAUCCGUUCUACUACGGGAGGUCGAUGUUCGUCGGAGUACCUUCUUACUGCAGCUAG